AUGGAGCGGAGACUUGGACGGUGGCAGGCACGUCGACUGAAUCACUUCCACCUCAGUUGUCUUCGACGCAUCCUGAGGCUGAACUGGCAGGAUCGAAUCCCCGACACGGAAGUGCUGGAACGGACGGGAAUCCUGAGCAUCUACUCCAUGUUGAGACAAAUGCAGCUGCGCUGGAGUGGCCACCUGGUGCGCAUGGACGACGAGCGACGACCCAAACGACUCUUCUACGGAGACGUCGCGACGGGUUCUCGUCGUCAAGGAGGCCAGAUUCGCCGUAACAAGGAUACCCUGAAGUCCUCCAUGAAGCGCCUGCAAAUCUACCCGACCAACUGGGAAGAUCUCGCCCGCGAUCGUCCGACAUGGAGGAGAACAUUGAAGACGGGCGCUGCUAUCUAUGAAGCCAACCGAAUCGCCGCCGCCAAAGCGAAACGCGAAGCCCGCAAAUCUUAACUUCGCCCAGUCCGCAACGCCGCCGCACAACCGAUCCCAACGUGUCCUCGAUGUCAACGGACAUUCCGGGCACGAAUCGGACUUGUUGGACAUCUCCGAACCAACUGCACCUUUCGAACUGCUCCAGCCAUCGUCCCCCAGCCCGUCGUUCCCUCGUCCUCUCUUCCGCCAACUAACUCUGACACUCCUUCUGCACCACCACUUCCAUCCUCCUCCUUCUCCUCCACUGCCCCAGCGGCGGCCGUUCAGGCUGCCGUCUCACACAUCGCCAACCACGACACAACAACCGCAACCACCCCCACCCCUCCCGAUUACAGUGAUGAGGAUCAGGACUACACCUGCCCUCACUGUGACCGCACCUUCACCUCACACAUCGGCCUGGUCGGUCACUUGCGAAUCCAUCGCACAGAGACUGGCGAACCAGUGCCUGGAGCACCAACCUACACCCACCGCACUCGCCUCCACUGCCCACAAUGCCCUCGCACCUUCACUCAUCGCAUGGGUCUAUUCGGCCACAUGCGCAUCCACGAGAGCGGAAUUGACCGCAGCCUUGACACACCCACCCCGCCAAGCCCCACUCCCAAUCCACCACCUUGUGCACCCACUAACCACUCCCCAGCCGAUAUCGACGCCACCGACCUUACCACCCUCCACUCCUCCCCUUCCUCCACAUGUUCCUCCAUCACUGCCACAACGACGGCCGCUUCGGCGUCUGUCGCCCACGACUUCACCACAGCCGAACCUUACACAACAACCGGCACAACCCCUGCAACCUCCAUCAUCAGACGUGAGGGCCAGGACUACAUUUGCCCUCACUGUGAUCGCACUUUCACUUCACGCAUCGGCCUGGUCGGUCACUUGCGAAUCCUUGAAUGA